ACUCCGCCCCCGCUAGCGCAGCCAACUUGAUCCUCUCCGCAACACUGCCCACCCAGCAUCUUCUGCAAUAAGAAAACAUUUUUGACAUCCACCAGGGAAGAGGGGGAUCUCUGUUCAAUCUGUGAGCGGUUACUCGCGAUGUAGAGAGAAGGGGAGGGAGUGAGUCUGAACCCUGCUCCCGGCGAUGUGCCGGUCGUGCCAGUACAGUGGGAAGAAGCAAACGGUCCGCCGCUGCCCCAGCGCUCUGUGUUCCAGUUAGUAGUUUUCCAUUCAGCCCCGUGUUUCCAAGUUGUAACAUUCACGUAACCUCAAACAAUUCACGAGUACAUUGUUCCCCGCUCUGUUAUGGCCGUGAGAGACAAGCGGUGAAGGAUAUGUUAGCUUUCAAGUCCUGCUCAGCCUUCCUCGUGUUGAAUCAACUAAGGAAUGCCAGCGGCUCGACUCCUUCUUAAAUGUAUCAGAGGUGAGAGAGGAUGGGAGCGAACAGUUCUUCAAAGCGGCCAGUUUUUGAUGAAAAAGAGGAUGUGAAUUUUGACCACUUUCAAAUUCUGCGUGCAAUUGGGAAAGGGAGCUUUGGAAAGGUGUGCAUCGUCCAAAAGCGGGACACAGAGAAAAUGUAUGCUAUGAAGUACAUGAAUAAACAGCAAUGCAUAGAGAGAGAUGAGGUCCGAAAUGUCUUCAGGGAACUGGAGAUCCUGCAAGAAAUUGAACACGUUUUCUUAGUAAACCUCUGGUAUUCCUUUCAGGAUGAAGAGGAUAUGUUCAUGGUGGUUGACCUCCUAUUAGGUGGAGAUCUUCGCUAUCACCUUCAACAAAAUGUCCAGUUCACAGAGGAUGCAAUGAAACUAUAUAUCUGUGAGAUGGCCAUGGCAUUAGACUAUUUACAGAGCCAGCAUAUUAUCCACAGAGAUGUCAAGCCUGACAACAUUCUUCUUGAUGAGCAAGGUCAUGCACAUCUGACAGAUUUCAACAUAGCAACAAUUAUUAAAGAUGGAGAAAGAGCAACUGCUUUGGCUGGAACAAAGCCAUACAUGGCUCCAGAGAUUUUUCACUCCUUUGUCAAUGGUGGGACUGGAUACUCAUUUGAGGUGGACUGGUGGUCACUGGGAGUCACUGCUUAUGAACUUCUUCGAGGAUGGAGACCAUAUGACAUCCAUUCUAGUGUUACAGUUGAAUCUCUCAUUCAGUUAUUCAGUACAGUCAGCGUACAAUACUCCUGUACUUGGACAAAGGAAGUUGUUACUUUAUUAAGAAAGUUACUUACUGUCAAACCAGAGCAUCGGCUCUCCAGCCUUUCAGAUAUUCAGAGCUGCUCUUACUUAUCUGAUGUCAGCUGGGAUACUGUGUACCAGAAGAAGAUGGAACCUGGUUUCGUUCCAAACAAAGGUCGGCUGCACUGUGACCCCACGUUUGAACUGGAAGAAAUGAUUUUAGAAUCUCGGCCACUGCAUAAGAAGAAGAAAAGGCUGGCGAAAAACAAGUCAAGAGACAACAGCAAGGAUAGCUCGCAGUCAGAUAAUGAGUAUCUGCAAGAAUGUCUAGAAGUAGUGAGGCAAGAGUUCAUGAUCUUCAACAGAGAAAAGGAGAAAAAUCAGUGCAAGGUUUUACCAAGAUCAAAACCAACAGUUUGGACUGGCAGCUGUCUUCCUUUUAGAAAAUGGUUGAAAAAGAGGCCAGAGGAACCAACAAGCUCCGUAUCAAAGACUGAGGAAAAGCCGGAAGCAAUAGCUGAAGAUGAAAGUGGAAACCUGCACAUGUGUAGUUCAGUGUGUUCUUCAACGAGCAGUAGCUAGGACUAAAUGGUCAGGCUGCUCGUUCCAUCUGUCUUAAUGUUUCUCAGGCUGCUUCACUGGGCUAACAAGCUUA